AGGACCUCUCAAUUAAUACGGAGUACUACAGAGUGGAGUAGUAUAUAAAAAAAGAAAGAGAAGUUGUGGGUCAGUAUAACACUAGGCAGCUGUGUUGAGGCAAUUCCAUGUGCCCGCCCACAUGCAGCUGCCCCGAUUAACGUUUUUAUUUAUAUUGUUAUUUCAUCUUCAUAGUUGGUAAGUAAAUCUGGAAAGAGGGUUUUGAGGAUGGAGAAAAGCAGUGAUGGAUUUGUGAGGGCUGAUCAGAUUGAUUUGAAGAGUUUGGACGAGCAGCUUGAGAGGCAUCUCAAUCGAGCUUUGACUAUGGACAAUAACACCAAGAGACUGACGCAGGACGAUUCCAGUCUCCUCCACCACCCCGCCUCCACCGCCCCUGCCACCCUCAGGUUUGAUUGGGAGAUUGACACUACUAAGCUCAUCAUCAAAACUGUCCUUGCCCGUGGAACCUUCGGCACUGUCCACCGUGGCAUUUACGACGCUCAAGAUGUUGCCGUUAAACUGCUAGACUGGGGAGAGGAGGGACACCGGACGGAGGCUGAAAUAGCAUCUUUGAGGGCGGCUUUUACUCAAGAAGUUGCAGUAUGGCAUAAGCUUGACCAUCCUAAUGUUACUAAGUUUAUAGGGGCAACCAUGGGCUCUUCAGGGUUAAAUAUACAGACAGAAACUGGUCUGAUUGGCAUGCCCAGUAACAUCUGCUGUGUUGUUGUUGAAUACCUUCCAGGCGGUGCCUUAAAAUCUUACCUUAUAAAGAACAGAAGAAAGAAACUGGCAUUCAAAGUUGUAGUACAGAUAGCCCUUGACCUUGCCAGAGGGUUAAGCUAUCUUCAUUCCCAAAAGAUAGUACACCGCGAUGUAAAGACAGAGAACAUGCUAUUGGACAAGACACGGACGGUAAAAAUAGCAGAUUUCGGGGUUGCUCGUGUUGAAGCCUCGAAUCCAAAUGAUAUGACGGGAGAGACCGGGACCCUUGGUUAUAUGGCCCCUGAGGUGCUCAAUGGAAACCCAUAUAAUAGAAAAUGCGAUGUAUAUAGUUUUGGCAUUUGUUUAUGGGAGAUCUAUUGCUGUGACAUGCCAUAUCCUGAUCUGAGUUUCUCAGAAGUUACUUCUGCCGUGGUUCGUCAGAAUCUGAGGCCAGAAAUACCAAGGUGCUGCCCGAAUUCCCUUGGGAAUGUGAUGAAACGCUGUUGGGAUGCAAACCCAGACAGGCGGCCUGAGAUGGACGAAGUGGUGUCCAUGCUGGAAGCUAUUGACACCUCAAAAGGAGGGGGUAUGAUCCCAGUUGAUCAACAACAAGGCUGUCUUUGCUUCCGGAAGUACCGAGGGCCUUAAACUCUAGUGGGGCCUUAUUACCACCGUUGAGCAAGUAAAUUAGGCUCUCACACUGUAUCUGCAGGCAGGCAGUUUUUGGAACUGCUAUUCUAGUUGUGGAAGUUGUGGUAGUGGUGUAAUUAAAUCAUUCUCAUCCGUUCCAUUGCCAAGAACUCCUUAUUUUAUACUGGGAAAAUUUCAAUUAUGUGCACUUAUUCGUAUUAGCUUUUGGUGGUGUUGGGUUGGAUGAAACACCUUCGUAUGUAGAGAACUUUUUCAUACAUGUGGAUUGAUCUGAAGUGCCAUUCGUCCGCCUCCAUUUGAGGUGCUUUCCGGUGAAACUUUUGGAUGAAUUUUUGUGAGCAUGUUUUUCAUAAAAUGUAGAUAAUGUUUACAAAAUUUCAUCUUAACACAAUUGAGAAGUCAGUUAAAUAAAUUAUGUGAAUAUGUGCGCUAAAAUAUAUAGUGAAAAUAUAUAUACAAACACAGUGUUUUUAAUACUUUAUGUAACUGAUUUUUUGAUUGGAUUUUAUGUUGACAUAAUUACACUUCAUGAAAAAUAUGUUCACAAAAUGUCAUUGAGAGAAUGAGAGAUUUUACUGGAAGCACUUCAAAUGGAGGUGACCGGACGACACUUUUGAUCUCUCUAGUUGUUUGAGAAAAGUUAUCUCCCUAUGUAUGUAUAAGACAUUAGACAUAUAUAUAUAUAUAUAAGUGUUAUGAAAUGGAAGAAAAUAAGCAUAAGAUCAGGGAGAGAUAGUAUGAACAUUUAGUGAUAAAUAUGUUAUUGAGAGUGUGAUAAUGGUAUAAUCAUGGUGUGUUUACAAUGAACUGAAUGAAGC